ACUCACAGCACAGCACGCCACAGCACGAGCGCAGAAGCAAGCCGUGCGCUAUAAAAGACACACUAGACGGGAGCUUUGUUAUUUGAAAAGAACUGUUUGGUGUAUUCAACUUGAAAAAGGAUUAUCAAGGAAAUAAACCCACAAAAACACACUAAUCACAUAACCUUCGGUUCAAAGCACCAUGGUGAGACAGAGCAUACAGAUGACCAGCAAAUCCCGGCAGCCGCCUCUGAGGUGCAAGACAUUCUCAGGCAUUAUGCAGCACCAGCUCAUCUUACAGGCCCUCAGCAAGCUGCAGCAGAGUGGCUUCUACUGGGGGGCCAUCAGUGGCCGUGAGGCCCAGUCGCUGCUGGAGACCCAGUCGGUGGGCACCUUCCUGCUGCGCGACAGCUCUGACACGCGUCACUUCUUUACCCUCACGGUCAAGAUGCAGCAGGGCACCAAGAACCUGCGUGUGCAGUGUGACUCCAACAGCUUUUGGCUGGAGUCGGACCCCCACAACCAGACCGUUCCCCAGUUUGACUGUGUAUUGAAGAUGAUCCACUAUUACAUGCCAGAAGGGGACUCCCCCUCCUGUUACAUCUCCUCCAGUGGAGGGAAGAUCCCUCUGACCCUGCACCGGCCCCUGACCUGUGGCCUCACCUCACUCCAGCACCUGUGCCGCAAGACUGUCAAUGGACACCAGGACGUGUGUGUUGAGCGCCAGCACCUACCUCACUUACUCCAGGACUUCCUAAAGAAAUAUGACGCACCCAUCUAAUGGACAUUUGAACAAUUGUGUGAACAAAGCAUACAUGAUAAAAGUUCAUUGCCUGGCCUGAGUCAACAGGGGGCCAUCUAAUUUCUCAAAAAUGGAGAACUGACCAAUGACGGAGAGGAAUUGAAUCAGAGAGUUCCAGGGAACUUGCGGUGAAUGCCUUACUUAGUGUGCUGUUGGUUGCCAUGGUAUUAGGAUUAGACUGGAAGUUGGUUGGAAAAACACCUCAGCAUUUCCAAGUAAAUGUUUCUAGUGCUGAAUACACACCCACUCAUUCACACACUUUUCCGUUUAGACAACAAUGAUUUAGAGACCGGUACUUGCCUGGGGGAG